CGACGCAAUGGGUAUGACAUAACUAUAUCAUAGCUAAGGUAUAACCAAGGCUUUAAUAGUUAACUACAUGCCGUAGUAGGAUAAAGAUAGAAGAUAGAUAGGAAGGGCUAAGCUGAUAUUGAAGACCCCGGAGGAGAAGAUGUAAGCUCCGGGUCUUACGAUGAUGCGUUCUUGUAUGCCUAGCAAAGGGGAAAGCCGCUACGUCUCGUGUCUAUGCCUAGAUAGAUGGCACACCUAGUUGAGAAUUUCCAAGGCACUUACUCCCUACCUCUUCUUACUCUGCAGCAUUCCGGCAUCUUUGAGUACACCCAUUUUACCAGUUCUUUUAUUCAUCUAGUGAAGCCAUUACCUGAAAAUGCCUGUAACAGAACUAGCAUGGAUUCCUUCCAACAUCCCGGGGACUAUCUCCCCGGAGUUUCUCAAUGCUCUACGAGAAGGCAUGGAGGCACAAGGUGACUGGGCCGCAGCAAAUGCGUCGUCAACCCUCCCGCCCGGACCCCCGGCCAAUCGAGGUGCUGCCUUGUAUCAACAACGCGAGGACCCGGGCAUGGUCCUCAUAACGGCGCACUGGGACUCCAAAGAACAACACCUUGAGUGCAUAGUCAGUGAAGAGAACCAGCAGGGGCUGCGUGCGGUCGCCGAUCACUCCGUGGUAACGGAGAUCAAGGUCUUCCACGUCGACGGGGUACAGAUGUUCGGGAAGGAGACACUUGACGCGGGACGUCUAAGCAUAUUGAGAGUUGGCGUCAAAGAGGGGAAUAGGGAAAAGCUUGAGAAGAUUUGGAAUGAGGACGCGAAGAACUUGGUAUCUUCUCGCGCGGGAUUUGAACACACGGGGGGCUGGAGGAUUGAAAAAGAUCAAGGCGAGGAGAAUGUGUUUGCAGUCGUGGGGUCGUGGCGGGAUGAAGAAGCUCUCAGCCGCUUUGCUGCGGGUAAGGAGUGGGAAGAAAUGUGGAAGGGCGCUGCGCUGAAGACGGAUAUCACAACAUAUAGUCGCAUUGCUUAGAUGGGCUAUGCAUAGGAUAAUCGGUUCACAGAUACUGCAACUCUGGUCAUGUUAUCUUGAUAUAAACCUG